GCCAUGAGGGACCGGACGCGGGAACUGCAUCAGGGCUCGGACUCGGACUCGGAGGGGGAGGGGCCGGGGGGGGAGGGGCGGCUCCUCGGCCCCCAGGACCCCGCCCUGGCCCAGGCGCGCCGUGUCCGCUCCCUGCUCUCGUUGCUGUCCCUGCGCGCGGCCGAGCUGCAGCGGCUGCAGGAGCGAGCGCUGAGAACGCCCCUCCCCCCACCCGAGCUGCAGGAGGAGCUGCAGCGGCUCCGGGACGAGAUCCAGGAUCUGACCCGGGACAUCCAGGGGGGGCUCCGAGCCCUGGCCCCGGCCAAGGAGGACGAGGAGGCCCCGAACUCCAUCGGGACGCGGCUCAGACAGACCCAGCACGGGCUCCUGGCCCAGCAGUUUUGGGCGCUCACGGGGACCCUUCAGGCCGCCCAGGCCCGGUACCGCCAGCGCAGCCUGCAGCGCAUCCAGCGCCAGCUCCACAUCGCCGGGCAGGCGCCGCUGGCCGAGGAGGAGCUCGAGGCGCUGCUGGAGUCGGGCCAGAGCCAGAUCUUCGUGCAGCACGCGCGUUCGCCGCUCUCGGCGCGGGCGCUGGACGAGGCCGGGCGGCGGCACCGGGAGCUGCAGCGCCUGGAGCGCGGCCUCAGGGAGCUGGGCGAGCUCUUCCAGCUGCUGGGCAGCACCGUCGAGGCCCAGGGUGACGUCAUCGACCGCAUCGAGCUGCACGUGCAGCGCUCGGGGGCGGAGCUGGACAAGGGGCGGGGCCACCUGCAGGGGGCGGGGCAGAGGCGCAAGGCGGCCAGACGGAAGCGCCUGGCCCUCGCCGCCUGCGCCUCGGUCGCCAUCUUGGUCCUGGUCGCCAUUGUGGCCGCCUCAGUGGCUUCCGGGUAGCUCCGAGUCUUCCCAUUGGCUGCGGCGGCUGCCAAUCAACGCGAACCCCACCCUCCGCCCCCUCCGAUUGGCUGGGAGUGACAUCAGGGCGCUGGGAGGCGAAGCCCGCCCCGCUCCGGCGGUGAUUGGGCGGUGGGGGUGUCAGUCAAGCGAUGCGCGGUUUUUAUUGGUCGGUGGUGAUGUAAUGGUGGUGGCGGGGGGAACUCCGCCCCGCGGCGGUUUCUAUUGGCUGCUGGUGACGUCAGCGGCGAAUAAAGCACUUUUCAGCCCAAAAAUGGCCCAAAAAAUAAUAAAAAAAAAUUCUAAAAAAA